GCGAGCGUCGUGCCCGCGGCACGUGCCUCGGAGGAGCUCCCAGACGUGGAUGCGAGGCAUCUCCGCGAGGUGUGCGAGGGCUCGGGCGCAGUGGUCGUGGAGGCAGAAGAUGGUGGAGAUUGGGUUGCCCUACUUAUUGGACGGGAAUGCAACUUCGUAG